GGCAUAGGGUAAAUGGGGGAAUAUGGGUUUAGGUUUUUGUGCAGGGACGGGUGGGGGAGGUCCGUGAGGGAAUUUGAUAAAAUUCAACGGUAUUGGUCCAUCUAUCUUCUUUUCCAUCAACGGCUCAAUUCUUCCAAAUUUCUUCGGAACCAUCAAAUUUUUCACUCGGCCAGAUGGUAGUAUACGGACACGUGAAUGAAUGCAGGGGCGUUG